AUGCGCGUGCGCUGCGGGGAGAUGCCAAAAAAACGUAUAUACAUGUUAAGAGAUGUUUGCUGUAAUCAGAAGUGUCUGAACACUGAUGAGUACAUCAAGUUAGGGAAAAAAAUGAAGAUCCAUUCCAUGGACCAAGGAGCAGAGCACAUAGUAGUUCUGUCCUCAGAGGGAAAACCAUUCGAGUACAGCUAUGGCAUGGAACAAGUGAGAUUUCAAAGCAUUUUACAAGAAAAAAACAUAAUUCAAAUCACAUGUGGAGACUAUCAUUCUCUUGCACUCUCAAAAGGUGGUGAACUUUUUGCCUGGGGACAGAACCAACAUGGCCAGCUUGGAAUUGGAAGGAUGUUUCCCUCAACCUGCACACCACAGAUUGUGGAAGACCUGGCAGGAGUGCCCUUGGUUCAGAUUGCUGCAGGAGAAGCCCACAGCAUGGCCUUAUCUAUGUCUGGAAACAUUUACUCAUGGGGGAACAAUGAAUUUGGACAACUAGGCCUGGGCCACACUGAGAAUAAAGAUUCUCCUUCCCUUAUUGAAAAACUGGACAAUCAGGAAGUUGAAUUUCUUGCUUGUGGUGGCUCUCACACUGCCCUGCUCACACAGGAUGGGCUGGUGUUUACUUUUGGUGCUGGAAAGUAUGGGCAACUUGGUCACAAUUCAACACAGAACGAGCUAAUUCCCCGUUUGGUGGCUGAGUUUGUUGGAAAUAGAGUGAGCCAGAUAGCAUGCGGAAGGUCACACACACUUGCCUAUGUUUCUGAUUUGGGAAAGGUCUUUUCCUUUGGUUCUGGAAAAGAAGGACAACUGGGAAACGGUGGGACAUGUAAUCAGCUGAUGCCACUUCCCAUGAAAUUACCAUCAAAUGAAGAACUCAGAUUUGAAAGCCAUUCUUCAGAAAAGGAGUUAAUAAUGAUUGCUGGAGGAAAUCAAAGCAUUCUGCUCUGGUUGGAGAAAGAGAAUUCCUAUGUUAAUCUGAGGAGGAAAAUUCCUACUUUGAAUGAAGGAACUGUAAAGAGAUGGAUUGAUGAUGUGGAGACUAAGCGGUGGCAAAGUACAAAAAGGGAAAUCAGAGAGAUAUUUUCAUCUCCUGCUUGUCUGACGGGAAGUUUUUUAAGGAAAAGAAGAGCUACAGACGCAAUGUCUAUUCGUUUGGACUUAAAUAAAGCAAGAAGCAUCUUUAACGAGUUAACCCAAAAGGACUGGAUUACUAAUACGAUAACUACCUGUCUCAGGGAGAGUCUUCUCAGAAACCUCCCAUUUCGUUCUCCACACCAAGAAGCUUUAGAAGUUUUCUUCCUUCUACCAGAAUAUCCUGUGAUGCAUUAUUCCAACAACUGGGAGAGCCUGGUGGUUCCAUUUGCCGUGACUGUUUGUAAAAUGAGUGCCCAGUCUUUAUGGGGUCUAGAGGAGUAUUGGGCAACUCUGCAGGAACCUGUUUUCAGCAAACUGGUCCAAAUGUUUAAAAGAGCCAUCAUCUCUAAACUGCAUCAUUGGACUGAGACUGCUGAGAAUAAUUGUCAUGUGAAAGCUCUCCUACAAAUGUUGAAGAAGCUAUACAGAGUAAACCAGACGCAAUGUAUACUGUCUGAAAAGAUUUUCACAAUUGAUGAACUCUCAUGCUGUCUCAACUUUUAUGAAGAAGCAUAUAGAAGGUUCUUCUGGAAAAUAGUCUUGGACUCUUCAGAAGAUAUAGACUAUUAUGUCAUGUUCAGUCAGUUUCCAUUUGUCCUUAAUAUUCUGUCAAAAAUUAAACUACUACGUGCAGACACGUUAUUAAAAAUAGAGGAGGAAAAUAUUAGAGCUCAGUGGAGGUUGGUAGAAAUUGUGGAAGAAAACGAAUCCGAAUUAACCUUGAUGCCCACCUUUGAUCUGACAGUCAGAAGGAAUCACUUGAUUGAGGAUGUUUUAAAUCAGCUAAGUAAAUUUGAGAAUGAAGACCUGAGGAAGGAGUUGCUGGUGUCGUUUAGUGGAGAAAUUGACUAUGACCUGGGAGGAGUCAGGACAGAGUUCUUCUACUGUCUGUUUGAAGAGAUGACCCGGCCAGAAUAUGAGAUGUUCAUCUAUCCUGAAGAGGCUUCCUACAUGUGGUUUCCUGUAAGGCCUAAAUUUGAGAAGAAGAGAUAUUUCUUCUUUGGAGUUCUGUGUGGACUUUCCCUGUUCAAUUUCAAUAUUGCCAACGUCCCUUUCCCACUGGCACUGUUUAAGAAGCUUCUGGACCAGAAGCCAUCACUGGAAGACUUAAAAGAUCUCAGUCCUGUCUUGGGAAAGAAUUUACAAACACUUCUGGAUGCUGAAUGCGAUGACUUCAGAGAAGUAUUUUACAUCCAUUUUAAUGCUCACUGGGACAGAAGUGAUGUAGACUUGGUCCCUAAUGGAAGUGACAUCAUUGUUGACCAGACCAACAAGAGAGACUAUAUUUCCAAGUAUGUCGAUUACAUAUUUAACAUCUCUGUAAAGGUGGUUUAUGAAGAAUUUCAGAGAGGAUUUUAUAAAGUGUGUAACAAGGAUAUUAUUGAAUUAUUCAAUCCUGAAGAACUGAAGGACGUGAUGGUUGGAAAUACAGAUUAUGACUGGGAAACUUUUGAACAGAAUGCACAGUAUGGACAAGAAUAUUGUAGUUCACAUCCCACCAUAGUGAUGUUUUGGAAGGCUUUCCUCAAAUUGACUCUGGCAGAAAAGAAAAAAUUCCUUGUGUUUCUUACAGGAACUGACAGAUUACAAAUAAAAGAAUUAAAGAGUAUGAAAAUAACAUUUUGCUGCCCUGCAUAUUUGAAUGAAAGAGACCCCAUGAGAGCACAGACAUGUCUUAGUGUCCUCUUUCUUCCUAAAUACUCAACAAUGGAAAGAAUGGAAGAAGCACUUCAAGUAGCCAUCAACAACAACAGAGGCUUUGGCUGACCCUGCAUCAUAUUCUUUACCU